GGUUUUUUUGGUUCCAUCCAACGACCGCGUGAACAAGGAUACGRCAUACGCUCCAUGGAUCCACUACAUCCCACUCGCAGAAUUCAUGGCAACCAAAAACCGGAAAUGCUAGAUACUCGGAAGCGCAGGCGCCAAUCGCAACAACAGGUUCGAUCCGCCCAGCCCUCCUGCGGCAACAACGAAUGCGAAAUUCUCGUUGCACACCACCCUGUGCUUUCGUCUCGUCGAAGCCGGUCUCGGUUCCACAAUUCCCUGCUAGCAGCAAUUGCUGCUCUGCUGGCCUCCACGGAUGCCUCCACGGAUGCGUCUCGAGCCCGGCACUCGCAUGCCUACGCGGCAAACAACAACGUCUUCGAAAGACAACCCAACCGGGGAUCGUCGAGGCGCAACAGCGAUAGUGCAAUAAUCGACGGAUUGUUCUUCGACGACGCCGAGUACAAUGACCAGGAAUGGGUCUUUGACAUGAUCGAUCUGGCCCCGGUGUGGUCCCAGGGAAUUUUUGGCAGGGGGGUGAGGGUGAGGAUCAACGACGGGGAAAUCGACGAAGCCCACGCCGAGUUCGAGGGCCGGUUCGACAGAGACGCAUCCUGUCCGCGCAGCAGCAUCCAUGUUUACAACAACAUCGACCACAACGACAUCAACAAUGCAUACAGCAACCACCGCAGCGGGAUCUUUGAUACCUACCAGCACGGAACGUCCGUGGCGUCCAUCGUCGGUGCGGCGGGAAACAACGGCGGAUGCGCCGUUGGUGUUGCCCCGCAGACCACUCUUUCGUGGUGCAACGGCCUCGAUCCCGACGAAUCCUUCCUGGACCACGACCUCGGCUCGGUGGACGUGUCCCAGAAUUCCUACGACAUCAAGACCUGCGAGCCGUACGCGCAGCGUCGCAUGCGGGGGCUGCGGCCGCGGAACCUCUCGCCGGACCGCUGCCCCUUUGAAGUGCCCGGGGCCGCUCCCUGCGAGGUUUGCGAGGCCGGCUUUAACUCGGGGUAUUUCUUUGGCGGCGAAUCCCGCAAGAAGAAACCCCCGCCCAAGAUGUCCGACGAGUGCGUCCGGUCCAUCGUCCGCCACUGCGACCGGUACUUCAAGCAGGAGGAAAGCGAUGGCGGGGGGGCCUGCUCCGAUUUCCUGGACCUCAUCAUCGGCGGGGAGUGCAACUACGAGGGCCUGAGCACCACCGCGAGGAGGAGCAUCUCGAACGGGAUCCGGCUCGGUCGGAACGGCCUCGGGGUGGUCUACGUCUUUGCCAGCGGGAAUUCCUUCCUCGAGGGCGACGACACAAACCUCAAGGGAUACACCAACUCCCGGCACACCAUCAGCGUGGGGGCGGUGGGAAAGGACCGGAUCCACACCUACUACAGCACCGGCGGGGCCUCGCUCUUCCUGUCGGCCCCCGCGGGAGACUCCGAGGAUCUCUCGAAGCACGUCGUGGCCAGGGCCGGGGGGGGCUGCACCACCACCGGCAUCGGAACGAGCUUUGCGUCACCGGUGGUCAGCGGUGUGGUAGCCCUGGUGCUCGAAACCAACCGCGAGCUCGGCUGGAGGGACGUGCAGGGGAUUCUAGCAAAGUCGGCAAAGCCGGUGCACGAGGAUUCCUUCGAUCGGUCGGCCGUGGUCAACGGCGGGGGGCUCUGGCACUCGAACCUGUACGGCUUUGGGAUCGUCAAUGCCAACGACGCGGUGGAAAYGGCCAAGACCUGGACCAACUACGGACCGGAGCGGGUGAUCGCGAUCGAUUCGGGCCCGCUCGACGAUCCGAUUCUCGACAAAUCGUCCGGGUCUGCCCCGUCCACCUCGUCCAUUGCCGUUGCUCCAAAGGAAGAGGAAGACCGGUAUUUCGUGGUGGAAAGCGUCGAGCUCCUCCUCGACGUGGUCCACAUAUCACGGGGGGACCUGAAGAUCACCCUCCGGUCCCCGUCCGGAACCGAGUCCGUCUUGCACCCAGGAAAACUUCCCGAAAACGUCCAGCUGGACCCGGAGGACGAGGGCAAAUUCUGGAAACUCAUGACGGUUCGCAACCGGGAGGAAUCCCCUUUCGGCGAAUGGACGCUGACCGUUGCGGACGAGAAGCCCGGCCAGUUCGAUGAGUGCGUCGACGCGCCGGGCUUUGCCCUGCAGUAUGCCGGGGUCAAGGUACGAAAGAACAAAGGACGCUUGGUAUGAUUUGCUCGUUCGGUUCCAAGGUCGGGACUUUGGGUCGCUUCUUUUCUCAUGUUUUGGUGUUGGAUUUGUGUUCUUGCGUUGUGGCCAGAUUGACUGCCKGUAUCUCGAAGACUACAACGUUUGCGGAUCGCUGGAAAGCACAACCGCGGAAGGAUCCGCGAUCAGGAUCAAGCCGGAGUACUGGUUCCUGAACACCCUCGCCGAUGCCAAGGGCCGCGGCGUUUCCGAUGCUUGCUGCGUUUGCGGCGGUGGGAUGAAUCAGGAAUCCCUCGGCCCGAACCUCCUGCGGCACUGGACCCUCGCCAUCUAUGGCAGGCACGAUCCGUCGGCGUUUGCUACCGAUGCGCCGACGACUCCAGCGACACCCUCUCCGACGAGGCUUCCGACCGAUUCUCCCUCCGGACUCCCGACGACGGUGGCUCCGACCAACGCCCCCAGCACGGGACCGACUACUACGGAGGAAUUGGCGAASSYUCCYGCUUCCGUUCCUAGGACGCAGGAGCCGUCCGCGAGCCCAACACCAUUGGUGACACUCCGACCGACGGAUGUAGCGACGACGGCAACCACAACCACAACGACAACGACGACAACCGCGACAACGAAUGCUACGUCUGCUCCGUCGCACUCCCCAAGCGAACCGCUCGAUACCGAUGCGUUGCUGCUCGACGGGGAAAACCCCGGUCUCGACGACGAUUCGGCAGAAGAAACRUACUCGGUGGGAGGCAGAAAGAGCAAUUCCGGAAGCGGCGAGGCGGAGCUCCCUCUUCCGGAUUCUAGUUCGGGGUCCGCCACGAUCGAUGCCGAUGUGGACCGAGACGGGGGAAACGACGGGGACGACCCGGCACCGCAAAGCGGGCCCGGCGCUGCUCCAAAGUCCGGGCCGGCUUCCUCCGCCUCGGGCCGUGCCCUGGGAGUGAGAUCGCYUGCAAUAGGAGCGGCGACGGUGAUCGCCAUCCUGUUUGGACUGGAGUGAUSCAGGUGUGGCAGUCGAGGAUUGGAACGAUGCGUCCGAAAGACUGAUGGGGACGGAGGGUUGCUGUCUCGAUCGGGCUCUUGUUUUCUUCCGUUUUGCCGAAUCCUGUGGACAUUCAAUCCAAACAAAAUAGCUUAAUAGACAAAUGUKUUGUAG